GUUCCUGGCUUCUCCCACUCAUAGAGAUACGGAGCCUUUUUAGAGUGACCGGUCCUUUGUGAAAAGACGGGUCUUCCCGGUGACUUUUGGCGCCAUCUUUUUUCGCAUGCAAGCCAAGAAAAUGCCACCACUGCUCCUUCUCGGAGGCACUGGAGAAAGCGCGAAUUUUAUCACAGCUGCGUGGGUGUCGCCCGCAUCCGUUGCCGAAAAAGUAGAGCCACUCAAGUCUCCAUGAAGAUGAAAUUCAAUUUUUCUCGUGCGUAUCGCUCUGUUUAGAAAGUUUAGAUUGAGGGAGCCUGGUAGGGUGAAAAGGGCCGAGAGUGGUUUAUAACAACCCUACAAUACAGCCCGUUGUAAGCACUGUAUUACCACAUUGCCCCCUCCUCGAGCAACCACAUCGACACCAAUGAGCAACCUUUAAUUGAAGUUGACUGCAGGUGUGUCUUGUGUUUGGUUCGCUCACAGGAAGAAACUGUACCUAAUGAGGACUCCCAAAUAAAAUAAAUGAAGUCGCUUCAGCUUGUUAUCUAUAUGGCAGCCAUUCAGUUGUUUUUAGGCCUGUAGACUAGAGCUUCCUUAUUCCUCCAUUUUUCUUUUAUCUGAUUGCUGCUGAAGUCCCUUUUUAUUAUGGUGAAGGUCCUCUCAUGAGUACUGCUUGUGUCAGCUCAUGAAGGCUGCCAAAGGAUGUAUCAGUGUAUAUUUAUGUUGAUGCGGGAACAUGUACAUGGCCCAUAAGGUACCCAGGUCUCAAGCCAUGCAAGGCUCGAAAGGUAUGCCACUGCAACAGCACUUGGAAUUGUGCUCAGAGAGGAAGCCCUUUUAUCACUGGCAAAAUGUGUUCACAAAAGCUAAUCCAGUAAUAGUUUAUCCAAUACAUUAAUUAAUUGCCAGUUUUCAACAGUCUUCAAAGACAGCCCACAUACAAAUCUGAGAGGUUAUCCAAAAGUGGGUAACUCUGUUCAGCAGUGGGCUGCAAGAGGUCUAGCGCUCUCUACAAAGUUUGAAAAGUUUCUUCUGUAAGAGUAUAUGGAGCUGUUAUGAUUAAAUACCUGGUGCCAGAAUAGUAUUUAUUUCUAAAAGUACUGACAACUUGUACUAAUUUAGCACCACCAAACAUAUUGACCUCAGUGAUCCUUAUUUAAGGUACAACACUCCUAUAUCCUUUAGAAAGAAUGCGAUAUAAAAUAUUUUGCUGACAAGGUUCAGUAAAAGUUACCAACUACUUUGCUAUCUUUUAAAAUAUUUCUAGACAACUAUCUGUAGCAUCAUGGCCUCUUAUAAACUGAGUGGCAUCUGUAGUCCUCCCCCACCAAACCUGGUUUCUUUGCCAGGAUUGAGCAUUAGACCACCCUUUCUAACCCACAAAGCCAUGUGAUUGCCCCAUAAAACUUGCCACACACCAUGUGCCUGGACAUUACUUGCGGUACUUAAGGACGCCAAGGCCUUCAUUUAGCAGAAUGUUUUGUUCCAACCGCCCUGUGGAUUUGGUAGAAUAAUAUACUGCAGUUUAUGUGGGUAUGGGAUGGUUGCUUCAGAAUGUUCCGGAACAGCCUUGUCCCUGUGACGUCACUUGUUGUCUGCCACAGAGCUGGAACCUUCCCCUGGCCCAUACAGGCCAGUCUGUGACUGCUGCUCCCUCCCUCCCUGUCAAUGUUGAGCCGCAAGCAGCUGGUGCAGGCAGCGCAGCUAGCAGAACAAUGUGGCAGAUACAAGGACAUGGCUGCUACCAUGAGGCAACUUGUGAUGGAAGGGAAAGAGCCACUAACCCAUGAAGAGAAGACCCUGCUUUCUGAGGCCUAUAAGCUCUUAAUACAAGAGCGCUGUUCUUCUUGGAGACGGCUAAAGCAGUCAGUGGAGCAGGGGGUUGGAAAGCAGAAGGAACAAGCCCAAGCUUAUCGUGAGACCAUAAAGAAGGAGCUGGAAGCGCAGUGUUGGGAGAUCCUUAGCCUAUUAGAUUAUGUACUACUGAAGCACUGCAGUGAGGCGGAUUAUGAAAGCCAGGCCUUUUACCUGAAGAUGAAAGGAGAUGGUUACCGCUACUUAGCUGAAGUGGCCCUGCCUGAUACCAAGGAGACGCUAGUGAAAUCUGCAGAGAAAGCCUAUGGGGAGGCUCAGGAAAUCACUCAGAGGUACAUGGAGCCUACGCAUCCUUUAGCCUUGGCUGUGGCUCUGAAUUACUCAAUCCUUCAUUAUGAGGUUCUCAACAACCCGCAGCAGGCAACAAAAUUAGCUAAGGCUGCCUUUGAUAAGGCCAUUGCUGGCCUGGAAACCCUCAGCCUAGAGUUCUACAAGGAAUCUACAGUCAUCAUGCAACGCCUGAGGGACAAUAUUGUGCAGUGGACUGGUGACCAGCAGCAACAGGUGGAGAGCAACAGGGUUGAGCUUGAACACUAGCAGCUGGAGUUCCCAGACAAGCACUUAACCACAGUAAAAUGAAUUGUGAGAGUCAGCGACGGAGAGCAGUGAUUCAGAUUCCAUUAUCACUUGCAUUACAUUCAUCCAGCUACCUGAUCCAUUCCAUAAGUGACUAAUCUAGCUGCAGGUAUCUUUGGUCUUUAACUCCCUAAUAAAAAUAAAA